UGAUCCUCUAUUGAAAGAGCAGAGCCACCUCAGAUGAUCCUGCCUGGCAUAUUCUAGGAAAAACACGACGAUGAUCAGCUCGAUCAUGAUCUAACUCUAACCCAUCUCGUAUUAUGAUUCUUCGCAAUGUUUUAUGCAUAAGAACAAAGAGCCUGAUUUGAUUCUAUCCCUGAGUCGUGUGAUGUGCAAAAGUUUUUUCUGAUUCUGGCGCAUCGGUCGUUUCAUGAAACAAGAGAAGCCUACGUACAUUUCAUCUUUGUUCGUUAUUUUCAUUUCUACCUAGUAGCGCGCAAAAAAUGAGCAGCAGCAUUAGCAGCAAAAGUUCAAACGCUGCGGCGUCGGCGUCGUCCGUACGGAAAGAAGGCGCGAAACAGAAGAACAAGGAGGUGGUGAAGCUCGAAACUGGCAUUGAAUUCGAAGAUGUGGACAUGGCUAGUGGCCUAGAACAAGACGACGUGUCCGAUGUCGAGGAGUUGAUGAAAGAUGUCGAGGACGAUCGGCGUGUCCUCAAGUUCAAGCCUCUGACCGCGCAAGAGCAAGAACAGAGUGCCAACAGCAAGCAAAAAGCUCUGCUGAAACAGAUUCGCCGAAUUACCGUGCCAGCGAACCGCUUUUCACCUCUCAGAAAUAACUGGGAAGACCUCCUGAAGCCGUUGGUAGAGCACAUGAAACUGCAAGUACGCAUGAACACGAAAAAGCGAGCAGUGGAAAUCAGAAUGAGCAAAGCGACAGCAGACAUCGGAGCAUUGCAGAAGGGAGCUGAUUUUAUCAAGGUAAUUUUUGAAUUCUUGCAUCAGCCAUUUCAUUUUUGACACUUUCUUGCAGCGAUGCAUAAGCAGAAAAAAUGGUCAUUGACUCACGAUCUAUUUUUCGAUCGUGUUUGUUUCAGAGAAGUAAUCCCUAAACAAAACUGCUUUUCAAUCAAAUCCAAAUCUGCUCAAAAUCAGGCUUUCAUGAUGGGCUUUGACGUGCAAGACGCUAUUGCGCUUUUGCGAUUGAGUGACCUCUUUAUUUCGAGUUUCGAGGUGAAAGACGUCAAGAGAUUGCAGGGUGACCACUUGUCUCGGUGUAUCGGUCGUAUUGCGGGUAAGAGCGGACAGACGAAGUACGCCAUCGAGAACAGUACGCGAACGCGGAUCGUGGUAGCGGAUUCCCACAUUCAUAUCCUAGGCUCUUUCUCAAACAUCAAAUUCGCUCGCGACGCAAUCUGCAGUCUGAUCUUGGGUCAAGCACCGAGCAAGGUCUAUCAGCACCUACGAACAGUCACGAAGCGAGUGCAAGAACGACUAUAAUGGACGAUUAAAGGUGUCUGUUGUACCAUAACAGUUUCUGCAGUUAUCUUUCUAGUUACAUCAAGACGCCUGGAAAUGGAAGUGGAACGUUUACUCACAUGAUCAUGAUGGAACAACAUUGAGCACCUCUUCUGGAAUAAACGAACGUCGUUGGCUCCAAAGAACCCACUCUACUCUAUUUGCAACGAAAAAACAGCAUUUCUUAUUGAAGAUUUGAUACCCGCACGAAGAAUUUACCCACUGGUCCCGGGAAAGAACUGCGUAAGUCGAUCACCAUCACCAACUAUUUUGUUAAAAGCGCUCGUCCGGGUCUUAU